AUGGGAUUUUUUAUACGAGACCUGCAUCAACAGAUUCAAAAUCUUCAUGCUAAAAUGAAUGAUAAAUCAGGCCCAUUGACUGUUUAUCGUGGUCAAGGAAUGAUGGAAAAUGAAUUCGAGAAAAUGAAAAAGAGUAAAGGUGGCCUUUUAUCAUUUAAUAGCUUUCUCUCUACGAGUACUGAUCAAAAAGUGUCUCUCAGUUUCGCACGACAUGCUCUAGAAAAUCCUUAUGCGUUCGGGAUUCUGUUUGAAAUGCGAAUAGAUCCUGCAGUCUCAUCGACUCCUUUUGCUUUCUUGGGUACUAACAGUUACUUUUCUGACAAGGAAAAGGAAGUUCUUUUCUCAAUGAAUACUGUCUUUCGUAUUGGCACGAUGGAAAAAAUCGAGGAUCGACUUUGGCGAGUUGCCCUUACUCUGACAAGUGACAAUGAUCAGCAGUUGAAACAUCUUACUGAGCACAUGAGAGAAGAGACUUCUGGAUCGACAGGAUGGUACCGACUUGGUCGUUUAAUGAUUACGAUGGGCGAAUUCGAUCAGGCUGAAAAAGUCUACAAUGCAUUACUCGAUGCAUCAUCAGGCGACGAUUGCCAACAAAUUUCCGAUCUUUAUCAUCAACUCGGAUUCAUAUACAAAGAAAAAGGAGAUUUGGAAAAAGCGCUCUCUUAUUAUCAACAGACACUUGAACUUCAAGAAAAGUCAUUCGUUCCCAAUUAUGCAUCGCUAGCCACCACGUAUAUUAAUAUUGGCGAAGUACAUCGAGAUAAAGGAGACUACUCAACAGCCCUAAAGUUGUAUGAAAUGGCUCUUCAAAUGCAAGAAAAAGCUCUUCCUUCAAACCAUUUAUCACUUGCUACUACAUUCAAUUGCAUAGGUCUCGUACAUCGAGACAUUGGAGACCACUCGAAAGCUCUUAGUUUCUAUGAAAAAACACUUCAAAUUCAAAAGAAAGCUCUUCCUGCAAAUCAUCCAUCAUUAGCGACUACUUUCAAUUGCAUCGGUGCAGUAUAUGAUGCGAUGGGAGAUUACACAAAUGCACUUUUGUUUUAUAAAAAAACACUUGAAAUACAACAAAAUUCUCUCCCAUCAAACCAUCUAUCUUUGGCUACCACCUACAACAACAUUGGUGCUGUGCAUGAUUCCAUGGGAGACAGUUGGACUGCGCUUGCUUUCUAUCGAAAAACACUCGAUAUCGAACUAAAAUCUCUGCCAGCUAAUCAUCUUUCUUUGGCCACGACUUAUAAUAACAUGGCGAUGGCAUUCGAAGGGCUUGAAGAAUAUCAAUCAGCUGUCGAAUAUGCUCAACGCGCUGUUGACAUUGGUCGCGAAGCACUAGGACCUAGCCACGCUCAAGUUCAAAGAUACGAAAGUUAUCUCAAUAGGAUUCGUCGACAUUUGUAA